GUUUCCUUGGCCUCGAGGGGUCUACAGUGAACGCGUGACACUGAGGGGAUAGGGGCAGCGGCCGAGAAGGCGCCGUCUGCGAUGGGCGAGCGCUUUAAGAGCGCGCGCUCACCUGGAUCACAGGCACAAUGCAUCUGGACUCUAAUGAAGGAAUACUUUCAAGCCCCCUUGUCAGCAGAGCUAUAAGGUGAACUGCAGGAAGAUCCCAACCCUGUACAUGUGGGACAGAGCCAGCAGAAAGGCCAGCGCUGUCCAUGAGAGAAUGUCUCCCAGCCUUCAGGACGGUGCUCAAGUUGGGGAGAGCAAACCCUCACCCUGCUCCUUUUCAAUAGAGAGCAUCUUAGGACUGGACCAGAAGCAAGACUCUGUUCCAUCAGUGAAACCCCACAGGCCCUGGACAGACACGUGCAGCUCCUCAGGGAAUGAUGGUAACCUAUGUUUACAUGUCUCAAGUCUUCCCAGUGGGAUCCCAUUCCCUUGCAUAUUGGAUCACCCAAUGCCAGAAGAAAGAGCUUUGAAAUAUGAAAAUUCCUUUUCAGCCUCAGAAAGACUGACUUUGAAAAGAGAGUUGAGUUGGUAUAGAGGCCGAAGACCCAGAACUGCUUUUACUCAAAACCAGAUUGAAGUGUUGGAAAAUGUCUUUCGCGUAAACUGCUAUCCUGGCAUUGAUAUCAGAGAAGACUUAGCUCGAAAGUUGAAUCUAGAGGAAGAUAGAAUUCAGAUUUGGUUCCAAAAUCGUCGUGCAAAGCUGAAAAGAUCCCAUAGAGAAUCACAGUUUAUAAUGGUGAAAAAAAAUUUGAACACAAAUUUCUUGGAAUAGAUAGAAAACUAAACAUGUGAAAUUAUCUUCUAGUUGCAGAGCAUGACAAAUCAAUGGAAAUAUCAAGUGUUGAAAAUGUGAUUUUUUUUUCCUGCAUUUAAUCUGAAUAUUGUCUUUUUUUCCUGAAAAUAUAUUGUAAAUAAUUACUGUUGUAGCAUGGUACAUAUUCUAUUUGGGCACUUUUAGUCAUAAGACUUUUCCUAUAUAUUUUAAUAAACAUUUUUAGAAAAGAUGGCUAUUUUUUAAGUGAGCAAAGUCAAUCUAAUAUUAGUUUACUAAAAUCAA